AUGGGUCAAAUAGUUAUGCGAGCUGCUUUUGCAGCUGUCUUACUCGCGUCCGUUGCCUCCGCGCUCGCUCACGGCGAAGAACACAACAUGAAUAUGGAUAUGAGUAUGAGCAAUAGUACUCCAGAGCCUUCGACUACCCCGCCAGAGGAUGACGGGCCCAUGAGUUAUUUUGCCUAUGGAAAACACUCCAACACCAUCUUGGCGCAUAUUGCAUUUAUGGUUAUCGGCUGGUGCUUUGUCCUUCCUGCAGCGGUUAUGCUGAGUGUGGCUCGCUCUGGUCUCGCCCUUCCAUCUCAAUUCCUCUUCUUGGUCUGCAAUGCUUUUGGACUGCUUCUUGGCAUCAUUUACAACGGCCAGACUCCCGAUCUAUACGAAAACAAUGCGCACCACAAGAUCGGCUGGAUUGCGACUAUCGUCUUCAGUGUUCAGGUUGCUCUCGCCUUGAUCUUUGCUUACGCCGGACGUGGAGAGUCCAAGUCCAAGUCCAACUUGGGCUCUCAUGAACACGAGGCCUUCUUGCCCGUCGCUACAGAAGAAUCAUUUGAACACUAUCCCUCGCACCCAACGCACGAAUACCGCUGGUCGCGUGAUAGUGGCCAGGGAAGUGAGUCAUGCUCUUCGAUGCACAGCCCGAUCAAUGAGUCUAGCGGAUACGACGGAUUUGAGAAGCCUGAGCCUGAAGAACCUGAAGAGCCCCUGCCGACCACCGCCCGCCGUGGAUGGUUCCACAGUACCCUGGCCGAUCGUUUCCUUGCAAACCGCAUCUCUGGUUUGGUCUCGCAUCGGAUGCUCCGGGGACUAUACAUUUUAUAUAAGGUGAUUGAUCGAAUUAUCCUUCCCUUCGGAUUUCUUGCACUCACGACUGGUGUGGUGACCUAUGGCGGUCUCAUGCGAGGACGUGAGAUUUUCAACGGCCUAGCGCAUUUUAUCAAGGGUGGAAUCUUCUUUUGGUACGGUGUUUUGACCCUGGGCCGCUAUCUUGGUUGCUGGGCAGACCUCGGCUGGGCCUGGAACAAGAAGCCUUCUGCAAGCGUUGUUGAAGGAUGGAAGUCCAAGGCUCCCUCAGCCGAGUUUACCGAAUCAUUUGUCAUCUGGUUGUAUGGCGCAUCCAAUGUUUUCCUAGAGCAUCUCAACAGCUGGGGUAAGGCAUGGACUGCGACUGAUCUGGAGCACGUUUCCAUCACGAUCUUGUUCUUUGGUGGUGGCCUGGCCGGUAUGCUCUUUGAAUCCACUAAGAUCCGCGAGAUGCUCAACAACACCGUCAUCCGCCCUCCCCCGGCCGGAACCCGCGAUGAAAAGUACCAAAUCCCGAAGUCGCAGGGAGCGUCGCUUAACCCGAUGCCUGCAUUAGUCAUUAUGCUACUAGGCUCAAUGAUGGGAGCGCACACCCAGUCUAGCAUGCUUUCAAGUAUGGUGCACAAGCAAUGGGGUAAUAUGUUGGUUGGAUUCGCUCUGGCUCGCGGCGCGACUUAUCUCCUGCUGUUCCUACGUCCUCCAGCCUCAUACUUCCCCUCUCGCCCACCCACUGAGAUCGUCGCCUCAUUCUGUCUGAUGGCUGGAGGACUGAUCUUCAUGAUAAGCACCCGAUCUGUCGUCAAUGCCAUGGAAUACUACAAGGCUGACGCAAUGGUCACCUUCACUGUGGGUCUAGGCUUCACAGCCUUCAUCAUGUCAAUGGAGGUGCUAGUCAUUGCGCUCAAGGCAUGGGCUGUCAAGCGCGAACAGCGCUCGCAGCUGAUCUACCGCUUCCCUUGA